AUGAUUGGAGCAGGGACAUGGAAUAAGUUCCAAACUAUUAUACUAAAGGCAUUCCUCCAUCGGCAAUUCUUGAAAUUUGCUUAUCGGCAAUGCGGUCCUGAAGGUCUUUGGGAAGGUCGUCAUGCCAAUCAAGCCAACGCUAAAGGAUGGACAAAUUUUACACCGUGCUUUCCACCAGAUCUACAGGCUCUAAUCGCUGAAGUUUUCAAUGAACAUAACGUACAGACUAAAUUCCAAAUAGCCGAGAAUACACGAAUCAUUGAAAUCAUUGGUUAUACUGUUUCUUUAUUUACCAUCCUCGCUUCCAUCAUCAUCUUCUGCUACUUCAAAUCCCUGCUAAAUAAAAGAGUCCAAAUACAUAAAUGUUUAUUUUUGGCAAUGUUAUUUCAAAUUUUGGUUCAUAUGACUCUUUAUUUAGAUCAGGCUCUUUAUCCUAUAAAUGAUUCGUCAAAUCGGCUUAACAAUACUAAAGGAAUUGACGGCACUCCCAAUCUCUGCGAAGCUCUUUACGUUGUCAUGGAGAGUAGUAUUUCAGCGACAUUCAUGUGGAUUCUCCUAGAGGGGAUCUACUUGAAUUUUUUAGUUUCGAAAUAUGCAUUGCAAUCCAAUUUUGAUUUGAAAAUAUAUUUAUACAUCGGUUGGGGAUUUCCAUUUAUUUUAACUCUAAUCUGGGCGAUUAUUAACUUUAUCUUCUAUAAAGACGAAAAAAUUAAAACAUGCUGGUUCGGUUAUAAUUUGGCAGCUAGUUAUUGGUGCCUCCAAGGACCCCGUCUAGCUAUUAUAUUAGUAAAUGUUGUUAUAUUAUGUAGAGUACUUAAGACAGUCAUCGCUAAAUUACGAGCUCAUAAAACAUCUGAAAUAGAAAAAAUAAAGAAAGCGGUUAAAGCUGCACUUCUUUUACUCCCUUUGCUUGGAAUCACUAAUUUAUUAACUACUUUUGAUAUACCUGUUUCAACGAAUGUAUCACUCUUCAGAGUUUGGUGUUACACUCGACAAUUUAUGAAAUCUUUCCAAGGAUUCUUUUUAAGUUUAAUUUAUUGUUUUUUCAAUGGAGAGGUGAGAUAUAUGUAG